AGGAGGAGCCGUAGGCGAGGCGAGGCGAGAUUCUCCUGGAUUGCUCGCUUGCUUCCUUCUUCCGCCGCAGCAAAGGACAGCGCUUUCCAUUCGCGGCAUCCGAUUCCUUCCCAUUUCCCCUCCUCCUCGUCUGAGCCACCAUUUGCUGUAGAGGAAGCAAAGCGGAUUCCACAAGCAAACGCCAAGUCCGCCGCGUCGCGUCGCACCGCUGCCUCUGCUGUCCUUUAUGCUUCCCCUCCUCCCCAAGCUGUCGUCUCGCUCGCGCCACCUCGGUAGUUAGGUAAGGUAUACGCCGUACGCGCCUUUUCCUCUUCUUUUCUUUGCUCCCCUGCCUUGUCUUUCUCCACUCUGCCAGCACGGCAAAGUAGCUCCACCCCCACCCCCACCGACCGCCGCCGUCGCCGAGCCGUCGGGGCUUUUCAGAUGAGAUGAUGCGGCGAUGCGGGUUGCUUUCGUUUCUCUGCCGCCCCCGCCGGGGUGGUCGCGCCGCCUCUUUGCUCCCCAAUCCAGAUCCACCGCCCACCGAGCCUAAGGGAGAGGAGGACCACACUUCUUCUGACAAAGUUAUCAUGGAGAACAUUCUACCAAACAGUGAUUUUUCUCAAGAUCUAUCUUCAUGGCAUCCUAACGGUUGCCAUGCAUUUGUGGCUGUUGAAGGAUCUGGUUACCAUAAUGGUAUAAGGCCACAUUCAGGGUCUAAGUAUGUUGUACUUACUAAUCGCACGCAGACUUGGCAAGGACUUGAGCAGGAUUUAACAGAAAACAUUGGCAUUGGUACGAAAUACGUUGUAAAUGCCCAUGUCAGAGUUCAUGGGGAACUUCAUGAGCCUGUUGGGGUCCAGGCCACGCUAAAACUUGAGGACGAGGGAUCUUCUGCCAACUACCGCUCUGUUGCAAGGAUUUCGGCCUCGCGAGAACGCUGGGAGAAGUUGGAAGGUUCAUUUGAGCUUACAACAAUACCAAGACGUUUGGUAUUUUAUCUUGAAGGCCCCCCUGCUGGUGUAGACUUGCUCAUAGAUUCAGUUACCAUAUCCUGCAUGAAAACAGAGAGGAAGACAUCAUCGAUUGGUGGAACAACAAACAUCAUUUUAAAUUGUAAUUUUUCCGAAGGCCUUCAUUCAUGGCGUCCUAUCCACUGUCAUGCAUAUGUGGCAUCACAAUGGUCCGGUUUCCUUGAUGGUAUUAAAGGGAGCUCAGGAGAAAAUUAUGCUGUUGUUUCAAAAAGAACUCAACAAUGGCAAGGUCUUGAACAAGAUAUUACAGAUAGAGUAUCAACCGGCACUGCUUAUUCAGUUUCAGCGUAUGUCAGAGUUGAUGGGAAUAUCCAUGGUAAAGCUGAAGUAAAAGCAACCAUGAGGUUGCAAAAUCCAGAUGAACCAGCACACUACAGUUCUAUUGGAAGGGUGUUAGCCUCAAAAGAAAAGUGGGAGAAGUUGGAAGGCUCUUUUUCUUUGACAAAUAUGCCAAAAUGUGUGGUCUUUUACCUUGAAGGACCUCCUGGUGGGGUGGAUCUUAUUAUUGAUUCUGUUACUAUUACUAGAUCUGAACAUAAGCAGUCAAAGGAUGUUCAAUCACCAAGUGGAAUCGAGACUGUUAUUAAGAAUCCUCAGUUUAUAGAAGGGUUAAGCAGUUGGUCUGGAAGAGGAUGCAAUAUCUGCAGGCAUGAGUUCACUGCAUAUGGGAAUGUAAAGCCCGUAAGUGGCAACUACUUUGCUUCAGCAACUGGACGGAUCCACAGUUGGAAUGGCAUACAGCAAGAUAUCACAGGCAGAGUGCAAAGAAAAGUCUCUUACGAGAUCAGUUCUCAUGUUCGCAUAUUUGGAAGUGCUAAUGAGACUGAAGUUCGUGCUACUUUGUGGGUACAAGAAAAUGGCCGUGAACAAUAUCUGUGCAUUUCAAAAAACCAGGCCUCUGAUAAGCGCUGGACACAUUUGAAAGGGAAGUUGCUCCUUCAUGCUCCCUUCUCCAAAGCUGUCCUUUUUAUAGAGGGGCCACCUGCAGGAAUUGACAUCCUUGUGGACGGCCUUGUUCUAUCUCCGGCAAGAAAACUUCAGGCUGCUCCACGCCCAAAAAUUGAGAAUGUUUUGUAUGGAGCUAAUAUUAUGCAGAACAGCGCUUUCUCUCAUGGGCUUGCUGGGUGGAGUCCCAUGGGAUCAUGUCGAUUGAGUGUCCACACGGAAUCACCCCAUCUGCUAGCUUCCAUCUUGAAGGACCCCUCGAGUCAGCAGCAUAUAAGUGGUCGCUAUAUCGUUGCUACAAAUCGCACCGCUGUGUGGAUGGGGCCUUCUCAGGUAAUAACUGACAAGCUAAGGCUGCACACUACCUACAGAGUAUCUGCCUGGGUACGCACUGGAGCUGGAGGACAUGGCCGACACCAUGUCAAUGUUUGUCUUGGUGUAGAUGACCAAUGGCUUAAUGGUGGGCAAGUGGAAGCUGAUGGGGACCAAUGGUAUGAAAUCAAAGGAGCAUUCAAGCUUGAAAAACAACCAUCCAAAGUUAUUGCAUAUGUUCAGGGUCCUCCUUCGGGUGUUGAUAUCAGAGUUAUGGGCCUACAAAUUUAUGCAGUUGAUAGGAAAGCACGUUUUGAUUAUCUUAAGGACAAAUCAGACAAGGUAAGGAAGCGUGAUAUUGUUCUGAAGUUCCAAGGAUCAAAUGCCGCAAAUGUUUUUGGUUCAGCUCUCAAGAUACAACAAACCGAGAACAGUUUUGCAUUUGGAUCAUGCAUAAACAGAAGUAACAUCGAGAAUGAGGAUCUUGCUGAUUUCUUCGUGAAGAAUUUCAAUUGGGGUGUAUUUGAGAAUGAACUGAAGUGGUACUGGACAGAGGCGGAACAAGGAAAGCUAAAUUAUAAAGAUUCUGAUGAGUUGCUUAAAUUUUGUCAGAAACAUAACAUACAAGUCCGUGGCCACUGCUUAUUUUGGGAAGUGGAAGAUUCAGUGCAGCCGUGGCUUCGAUCAUUGCAUGGACACCACUUGAUGGCUGCCAUACAAGGUCGUUUGCAUAGCCUACUGUCAAGGUACAAAGGUCAGUUUAAACAUCAUGAUGUUAACAAUGAGAUGUUGCAUGGGUCUUUCUAUCAAGAUAGACUUGGAAGGGAUAUUAGGGCUCACAUGUUCAGGGAAGCACAUAAACUUGAUCCUUCAGCCGUCCUCUUUGUUAAUGAUUACAACGUUGAGGAUGGAUGUGAUUCGAAAUCCACCCCAGAGAAGUUCAUCGAGCAGAUUGUUGAUCUCCAGGAACGGGGCGCACCAGUUGGUGGGAUUGGUGUGCAAGGUCAUAUCAGCCAUCCAGUGGGAGAUAUCAUAUGUGACUCCCUAGAUAAACUGGCCAUAUUGGGUCUACCGAUUUGGAUUACAGAACUGGAUGUCUCGGCAGAGAACGAACACAUACGAGCUGACGAUUUCGAGGUGUGCCUCCGCGAAUGCUUCGCGCAUCCUGCUGUGGAGGGGGUUGUCCUAUGGGGAUUCUGGGAGGCGUUCAUGUUUCGUGAACAUGCUCACCUGGUCGACGCUGAUGGAACAAUCAACGAGGCUGGCAAAAGGUAUCUUGCUAUGAAGAAAGAGUGGUUAACCCAAACCAAUGGUGACAUUGAUUACCAUGGGGAGUUCAAAUUCAGAGGCUACCAUGGUUCAUACACGGUAGAAAUAGCGACACCCUCAGGAAAGGUAUCUCGAUCAUUUGUUGUUGGCAAGGAGAACCCUGUGCAGGUGGUUACUUUGAACAUUUAACUUGUAUCAGGUUAAGCAAUGUGUAAUGAACUGAGAGUUCUGUGUUGAAAGAGUACGUUUUUUUUUU